ACAACAAGCGCAGCGGCGAACCAAUUCCAGUUCAGUCCGAGAGACGGUGAUCGGGCUUCGGCCUCAGGUGCAUCUCUGAGGCGGGGCGACGCGGAGGUCCAGGUGUUGUGGAGGUAUGGACUGUAACUGCGUCAGUGAUCUGCUGCUCCCCCCGGUGCCCGCACUCUGGACGCCAGGGAUCGCCUUCCCAGACUGGGCCUACAAGCCCGAGUCAAGUCCCGGGUCCAGACAGAUCCAGCUGUGGCACUUCAUCCUGGAGCUGUUGCAGAAGGAGGAGUAUCAGGGGGUGAUCGCAUGGCAGGGGGACUACGGAGAGUUUGUCAUCAAGGAUCCAGACGAGGUGGCUCGGCUGUGGGGGUUAAGGAAAUGCAAACCUCACAUGAACUAUGACAAGUUGAGCAGGGCACUGAGGUAUUACUACAACAAGCGCAUUUUGCACAAAACCAAAGGGAAACGUUUCACCUACAAGUUUAACUUCAGUAAGGUUGUGUUGGUGAACUACCCGAUCCUGGACAUGGCCAACUCUCCCUUCUUUCUGGCCCAGAACCACUUUAACGGGGGCUCCACCGCACCAGACUGCAGCCCAGAGGCCAUACAGUCCCUGUUUCCUCGUUUGCCAGAGUCUGGCAGGGGAACGUCCCUGUUUGAUCGUGGGACCACAGCACCAGGGCCCGAAGGAGACAAGCUGAGACUGGAUGCAUUCCCCUUCCUCAGUUCAGGUGCCCCGUGCUACACCAAACCCCCGACCCUGCUGGGCCCGUACCCUCGCAACCCACCCUUUGACUACCCCUGGGGCUUUAACCCUUACCUCUCAGGGGCCUUCUCUCUCAAUAACUGCCCCAAACUGCCCCCUGGCUCCCUCUACCCCUCCCAGUUUUACCCCAACCCUUUGCAGAGCAGCCUUUCCCAGCUGCCUCACCCCUUCUCCUCCCUGCUCCCCCCAGGGGAGGCAGGUGGGGGUGAGAGGGGAGCAGCGGGGCAAACCGGAGGGACAAACGGCACGGCGGGUGGUCAGCCAGUCAGACUCUGCCUGCCACCCUACCCAGGGAGCCUGUCAUUGGGUCGGACGGACAUUGGCAACGGGGCGUCAUUGGGGGAAAGGGAAAGGGAAAGGGCGGAGGCCAAUCCUCUAGGAUCGGGGUUGAGUCUGGGUCUGGGAGCGGUCGGCCUGGGAGCCGGGACUGGGACAGGCCGGCAGAGCCCCACGGAGAGGAGAGGAGGGGUGAAGCAGGACCCGGAGUCAGACUCAGACUUGGAGAUCACAGAUCUGAGCGACUGCAGCUCAGACAACGAAAACGAGCACGAAUUCAGCAUCAGGAAGGAAUCCAGCCUGGGCAACCGAUCACAGAUAGUGUUGAAUGGAAAGAAAGGGAGCGUGCUGCCACCCAUCUCCUCUCUUCCCCCGACAGUGUCCCCACAUCCUCUGAAGAGCCUGAUGCCCAUCAGUCCCCCACCCCCGUCCCUGCCUCCAUCACUUUCCCCCUCUGUGGCUCUGCAUGAAAGACACAGGGAGACAGAGACUCUCAAAAUGAUACAGAUCUAAUACAGUUUCUCCCACGUCCACCAUCUUGCCAGUCUGUGCUCUGAUAACUCUCUUUUUCUCUCCUUUCUUUUCUCUGAGACACUUUUCUGCUUGAAAUUGUCAAACCCCCGAUCACUUUUGAUAGGUACUUUUUUCAGGAAAAGCAGCUGUGUUCUUUACUUCUAAAAUUACUGUUUUCCUGUUCGCUGUGUAAGUGUUUAACUUGCCUACAGUCCAUUACACUACCGACUCGUCCAUCUUAGGACAUAUGGCGCGUACAGUUUUUAGGGCGUCAGCUGUCUGUAUCACCAUCUUGUCCUUUCUGUUGUGAUCUCUCACACCAAAUGAUCCCUCCAUGGUUUGUAGACUUGUUUUACGCGUUGCCAGCAACUACUCUACAACGUGCUGUCUCCAGCCGAGCUAUGAUAGAAGGCAGUGAGGUGGUAAAUUACAACACACCAGUGACUGCCUUGACAAACAUUAACAAACAACAUCCCUAUACUAACAGA